CUAACUAGUUGAUGUUGGAAACAUGGCGUCCCAGUGCAGCCUCUCCACCUUAUUUCCUACCCAGAGUGAGCUGGAUUGCGCUCUGGAAGAAGCUCAGACACAACAAGAGAAAGAAAACCUCGUCUUUCAGUGUUUGAAAAAACUAGACGAGAGGCAGGAUCUGAAGAUACCCGAUUUCCAGACAGGCUUGGAAUGGCUGAACACGGAGGGGCCUCUGUCUUUGAACAAGGAGUUGGCUGGUAAAGUGGUGCUGCUGGACUUCUUUACUUACUGCUGCAUCAACUGCAUGCACAUCCUGCCUGACCUUCACCAGCUAGAGAAGAAGCACUCUGUCAAAGAUGGAUUGGUUGUUGUUGGUGUACACUCAGCUAAAUUCCCCAAUGAAAAGUUCCUGGACAACGUUCGCAGUGCUGUGCUCCGCUAUGACAUCUGCCACCCAGUGGUGAACGACAGUGAGGCACACCUCUGGCAUGAACUGGAGGUGUCCUGCUGGCCCACGCUGGUCUUACUGGGCCCACGUGGCAACCUGCUCUUCUCCAUAGUGGGCGAAGGCCACCGCGACAGGCUGAUGCUUUUUACUGACUGUGCCCUCCGUUACUACGGGGAGCAGGGUCUGCUGAAGACACACGCGGUGAAGAUCAAGCUGUACCGAGACUCCCUGCCUACCAGCUUCCUAUCUUUUCCAGGGAAAGUGGCCAUAGACAGCAGCGAGAAAAGGCUGGCCAUAGCAGACACCGGCCAUCACCGAAUUCUGUUGUUGUCCUCGACUGGACAGUUGCUACAUGUCAUAGGAGGGCCUGAAAGCGGGAGACGAGAUGGCGAUUUGUCCGAAGCCUCCUUUAACUCCCCUCAGGGUGUGGCCAUUAAAGGGGACACUGUAUACGUGGCCGACACAGAAAACCACCUGAUCCGAAAGAUUGACCUGUUAGAAGGAAGAGUCAGCACCCUUGCUGGAGUAGGCAUUCAAGGCACAGACAAAGAUGGAGGGGCCAUGGGACCUCAGCAGCCCAUCAGCUCUCCUUGGGAUGUGACUCUUGGCACUGCCGGCGGUGUUGAAGAUAACGUCCUGUGGAUAGCCAUGGCAGGGACCCACCAGAUCUGGGCUUUGUUCCUAGCAGAUGGGAAACUGCCCAAAGGAAGUGAGUCCAAAGCAGGGGCGUGCGUGCGGUGGGCAGGUAGCGGCAGCGAGGAGAACCGAAACAACUCCUACCCCCACAAGGCUAGCUUCGCCCAGCCUUCAGGCCUGGCUUUAGCCCCAGAGGAACCCUGGAGCUGCCUGUACGUGGCCGACAGUGAAAGCAGCACCAUCCGUACGCUGGCACUGAAGGAUGGUGCCGUUAAGUUGCUGGUUGGGGGGGAAAGAGACCCAAUGAACCUUUUUGCUUUCGGAGAUAUAGAUGGGAAAGGGGUUGACGCCAAGCUGCAGCAUCCCCUCGGCGUUGCCUGGGAUCCUGAACAAAGCCUGCUCUAUGUGGCCGACUCCUACAACCACAAGAUCAAGGUGGUGGAUCCAAAGACAAAGCAGUGUAGCACAUUAGCAGGGACUGGAGAGGCUGGAGAUACUCUGGGCCCUGAAUUUAACAAAUCCUGCUUCAACGAACCAGGAGGAAUCUGCGUUGGAGACCACGGCAAGCUUCUCUACGUGGCCGAUACCAACAACCACCAAGUCAAAGUUCUGGACCUGGCCUCCAAGACUGUCUCACUGUUCCCCAUCUCCACGGUCUGCACAGACUCAGUACCUUCAAAGCCUUCGGGGCCUGCCAAAGCCCCCACGCUGCCUAAAUCAGCUGCCAGGAAAGAAAUGCCACCAGUGGCGGUGUCAGCAGGCCAGACUCUCACCAUGACGAUCGCCCUGUCGCUUCCAGAAGGAACCAAACUAACCGAAGAGGCCCCCAGCUGCUGGGCUCUUUCAUCUGAGGGUAACGAGUGGCUGCUAGAAAGUCCGGUGGUUACUGGCGACAUUGUGGAUCUGUCGAAGCCCUUCUCCAUCUCAACCAAACUUCCCGCUGUUAUAAAGGACUCAAACAGAAAUCCAAGCCUCACUCUGGCUGUAUGGGUGUACUACUGUAUGGAAACAGGUAAUGCCUGUAUGAUGAAAGCAGCCUCUUUCAACCAGCCUCUUCAAAUAAGUGCCAGUCCUGGAGAGGAAGAGGUCACUGUGGUGUUGGCUCACGCCUUCUAAAACCUCUUACCUGUCUUAGCCACAACAGCCACAGAGUCGACACUUUUUGUGGCAUUGAAAUGUCAGUUUUACUUUUCAGCUCCAGCUCCUGUUUUGUUCAUUGUUCUGGAAGAAGGAACAACGGAUCGUUUCUGACCUGUCACUUCUAACAAAAAUACAAUUCAUACAAAUCAGAUUUUCAGGAGAAUUUCAUUUCAAACUAGAAAGAAAAAGAAACUCAGAAGCCCCUUCAAUGAAACAUAAUGCAUCAAUGCUGUAAUGUCCUUGAGUGUGUGUGGCAGUUAUUGAUAGGAAUUCAAAUUGUUUUAUCCCCAGGCCAUGUUAUAAAGGCUGUACAGCACAACUGCAACCUGAAAAUCUAUUUCUAUAUGAUAGUGUAUUUAUGCAACAGAUUCCUAUGAAGACAGACUGUACCGACUAACUGUAAGAAAGCUGUUUUAUACGUGGAAAAGUUACCUUCUUAUUUAUAAAACUGUGUCACAGGACUACAUUAAUACAGAAAACAAAAUAUAUUCUGUGUAUUUAUUGAGAAACUUACCUAAUUGGCAGGUGGCGAUGAUGGUGUCAGUGAUGGAUGGACAAAUCAUCAGAUAUUCUGUGAUUUAAUGACGUUUUGGGGGAUUUUAAAUACUUUAAAAUAUUCUAAACAAAUCUGAAACCUCUGAUCAUCUUCAUAUUUGGAUGUGAAUUUCAAAGACUCUAUUUACUACUUUCAGAUGUUUUUCAAAUUUAGUUUUUGUCCUCAACUUCCAAGGAGUAAUAACCAACCAAGUUUUGUUGUUGAAAAAUUAGCCAAAGCCUUCUGUUUGCAUUUGAAACCAUUUUUCAUUCAAAUUAAUGGAGCAUUUUCCUUCAGUCCCAUUAAUGGAGCUGAUGAGUGAUUCAGACUAGGAGAAAGAAGUUUUAUCCUGCCUUUGUUUGCACAAGCAUUGCCAAUAUCAAGCAGUUUCUCAAAAAUAUGAUAUAUAUAUAUAUAUAUUAUUAUAGGAAGCUAAAAAUCUCAAACCUUUCCUUUAAUCUUGAGAAGAUAAUUAGAAGUUGACUAUGCAGGGACAUUUUUAUUAUUAUUAAUAUAUUAGAAAUGUCCAGCUCCAAGUACUAGUUCACAUCUUCACUGUAUACUUUUUUAUUAAUUAAUGUAUGUUUGCUUUAGUUUACAGUCAGUCAGCUAGGAUGGUGCCUUCAGGCACACUAAUGCAGCUUUCAUAAAUAUUUCCGCACAUAUGUCACCACACCUCUUAAGUUGUUUACAAAGUUCACAGUCUCUAAAAGGUCACGCUCAUAGCCUAAAGCUUUGUUCUGUCUCCCCUCCCUGUAUGACUGAUUAUACUUUUGAUUGUGAUUAUUCAUGACACAAGAAGCUCUUUUGAUUUACACCAUGAAAUAUUGCUCUUAUCUAAGUAAUGAAUAAAGUGCCUGUUUUCAAUAAGAGGAAGCAACCUCCUGUGAACUGAUGACACCGACUGAAGUCUUAGUAAAAUCUCUCUAUCAAGCAUUUAUAGAUUUCAUCUCUAGAUGAAGAGAUGCUCUAAUAAUGUUUUACUGUAAUACCUUUUUUAAUGUAUAAUAUGAUAAUGCGGACGAUGUUAUUGUCAUUUUCCCUUAUUGGUUUUCAAAGUUAUGAGAUGUUGUCAGAAAAUGGGCCUGAGUGCGUUUUCGGGUUAUCACCGCUCUCAUCGUGUCUCACAACAUAAUUGUGCUUUUUCAGACUGUUUCUAUUUGGUUUGGAUCACUCGGCCCAAGUGCCUUUGCAAAGAAGUGUGACUGAAUGGAUGGCAUGAAACUGAUGACACUUUAACUGUAUCAAAAGCAAUAACAAUAUAUUACUGUAAUGGGAGAAAUGUUUUAUUCCCACAAGUUAUUUAUUUCAAACAAACUGCAGACCCUUUGUCAGUGUGUUUUCUCAGCUCUGUUAUCCCUUUGGCAUUUUUUAAUGAACAGUAAUGAGCUUGAGUGGCUGCUGGUGGGCAUUAAGUUCCUCAUAUUUCUUUUCCAGCUCUCACUUGAUUUCUUCUCGCUGUAUCACCGUUUUGGGCACAUUUU